AUGUCAACGUCGUGUGCACAGCCCCGAACCUCUGACACACCUGACAUCGAGAGGGCCUCAGGUUCAACGAGUGUUAUCGACCCAUUCCAGUUUCGCGAUGGGCUCAUUCCUGAUGAAGAGCUCGACGGUCUCCGCCGACGUAAGCAACAUAAGCCCGUUGCAAAGUAUCAGGGAAAGCAGAAUGAGCUCAUUAUCUCACUGUUGAAGCCUAUGGAGGAGCACACGGAGGACGCUCGAGUGGAAGGAGAGGCCUAUCGUCUGCCUGUUAAGAUUGCCGUAUACGCAAGUCUCGCUGCCAACUUAGGACUGUGUAUCCUUCAGAUGUACGCGGCUAUCUCUUCCUUGUCAUUAUCUUUGAUCGCAACCGGAAUCGACUCCGUGUUCGAUGUUGGAAGCAAUGUUCUGCUGUGGUGGCUCCAUCGGAAAGCUGAGAGAUUGGAUGAGAACAGGUGGCCAGUUGGUGGUGCACGUCUAGAAACUAUCGGAAAUAUCAUCUAUGGUGCGGGCCCUUAUUUGUUUAGUAUGGGGUCGGUCAACCUGGUCGUCAUAGUCGAGUCAAUCCGCACGCUUGCCAGCAAGGAUGGAGAUGAGCUUUCCGCAUUCCACCUGCCGUCGAUAAUUGCUGUCGGAGCGGCUCUGGCUGUGAAAUUCAUCCUGUUUCUGUAUUGCUACUCUCUUCGACACCAAUCGAGCCAGGUUUUGGUAUUGUGGGAGGACCACCGAAACGAUUUGUUCAUCAAUGGGUUUGGUAUACUGAUGUCUGCUGGUGGAAGUAAACUUCGAUGGUGGCUGGAUCCUACAGGCGCUAUCAUAAUAGCUCUUGGUGUAAUUGUCUCUUGGGGCAUGACGAUCUAUGAACAAUUCGGGCUCCUAGCUGGAAAGUCCGCACCACAUGAAUUUCUGCAACUCGUCAUUUUCAAGGCAGCGACUUUCAGCGAUGAAAUUGAGAAGGUUGACACCGUUCGUGCCUAUCAUAGUGGGCCUAACUACUUCGUCGAGGUAGAUGUGGUGAUGGACGCAAACACUCCACUUUGGAAGGCUCAUGACCUCAGUCAACAACUCCAAGAUAGGAUCGAAGUAUUGCCGAAUGUCGAGAGAGCAUUUGUACAUGUGGACCAUGAGACAUCGCAUGUGCCGGAGCAUCGGAAAAACCCAAGGCCAGCCGUUUAG